AUGAAGUCUUUGCGUGCUAGGGAACCUGAAGGCAUUUGGAAUCUCAUGGCUAUCGUACGCGAGAUGUUCGCACGCAGAGACGAGAAUGCUGUGUCAUUGCUGAGCAUAUUGACUGUGGAAUGUCUUGCUAAUUGCCAGAUUUUGCUGUGGUGGUAUGCGACGAAACUCGUGCAGAGUGGAACUUGGUCUCAACAAACCACAGGCAAAAACUCUGCAAGCAAUCAGAUUAGCGCACAGUUAAAUAGUGCUCAGCUCUGCGAUGAGAUUGUUGUGCUCUGGCGAUGUGCUGUGCUGAAUCCGAUGCUUUCUCCGCAGAAUCGAAGACAGUUGGCAGCGCUAUUGCGUACGUACCACCGAACAGCGGUCGACCGGAUAUGGAAGGUUAUUCGUGGAACUGGAGGCCAAGAUGCAGCUGUGGUCAGCAGUAGUCACCAGGCGGCUAUAUUGUUGAAUUCCAUCCAAGAUGCUAACAAUUGUCCGUUGUCCUCAAAUAACGCUCAUUUCGGGCUUGCGCAGUUUCCCGGGUUCCAUCCAUCUUUACAGGUAUGCCACGCAUUGAUAGACGAAACGGUCCCAGGUGUGAGUCAGGUGGCCGUGCUCCAUUUGCCUGAGGCAUGUGGAAAUGAUUCGAACGUGCCAGUACAACCGCUCGCGCCGUGCGGUUCUUCUCAGAAAAGGAAUGAGAAAGGCAGAAAGAAGAAGAAAAAGAACCGAUCUCGCGCCACGGCUGCGAUGGCGUCCCUUGAUUUUCCGCCUCUGCCAAUAUUUAACGAUGAAGCAUCGCUUGAUCGAGCCGUUCGUUAUGCCAUUCGGGCUGCUGUAGGU